UUCAAACGAAUCAAGAUGACUGAACCAGUAGCCGAUAUUGCUCUCAUCGGCUUAGCCGUGAUGGGUCAAAAUUUAAUUCUCAACAUGGACCAACACGGUUUCGUUGUGUGCGCUUUCAAUCGUAGCACAGACAAGGUCACCAAGUUCCUUGAAAACGAGGCUAAAGGCACAAAAGUCAUUGGUGCUUACAGCCUCGAAGAAAUGGUCAGUAAACUCAAGAAGCCAAGGCGUGUUAUUAUUCUUGUCAGAGCUGGAUUGGCGGUGGAUAGUUUCAUUGAAAAGCUCACGCCUCUGUUGUCGCCGGGAGAUAUUAUCAUUGACGGCGGUAAUUCAGAGUAUAAAGAUACCGAAAGGCGUACAAUAGAUUUAGAAUUAAGAAAUAUUCUAUUCGUUGGUUGUGGAGUUAGUGGUGGAGAGGAAGGGGCAAGGAAGGGGCCUUCUCUUAUGCCUGGAGGUAAUCCUAAAGCUUGGCCUCAUAUUAAACCUAUUUUCCAGGCUAUCUGUGCUAGGAUUGGCAAUGAACCCUGCUGUGACUGGGUAGGAGAAAAUGGAGCAGGACAUUUUGUCAAAAUGGUUCACAAUGGCAUUGAAUACGGAGAUAUGCAAUUAAUCUGUGAGGCAUAUCAUCUGAUGCGUGAUGGUAUGCAAUUGAAUGAGGAAGAAAUGAGCAAUACGUUUAAAAACUGGAACAAGGGAGAGUUGAACUCAUUCCUUAUUGAAAUUACUAGUAAUAUUCUGGAGUAUCAAGAUAAGAACGGAUUCUUGUUGGAGAGAAUUAGGGAUACAGCAGGUCAAAAGGGCACAGGAAAGUGGACUGCAAUUGCAGCUUUGGACUAUGGUGUGCCUGUUACUCUAAUUGGAGAAUCAGUAUUUGCUAGAUAUCUUUCAGCUCUCAAAUGUGAGAGAACAACAGCUAGUUCGGUUCUUCCUGGACCUAAAUUAAAAUACCAAGGUGACCAAAAGCAAUUGUUGGAAUAUCUUAGGAGGGCCCUCUAUGCUUGCAAAAUUAUUUCAUAUGCUCAGGGUUUUAUGCUUCUGAGCGGAGCUGCCAAAGUUCACAAUUGGAACUUGAACUAUGGUGCCAUUGCACUAAUGUGGAGAGGAGGUUGUAUCAUUCGAAGUGCAUUCCUUGGCAACAUCAAACAAGCCUUUGAAAAAAAUCCCAAACUGACAAAUCUACUAUUAGACGACUUCUUCACUAAAGCGAUGCUCCACUGUCAGGAGAGUAUACGUAUGGUCGUCAGCAUAGCUAUAAAGCUUGGUAUACCAACGCCAGCAAUGUCAGCGGCAUUGUCUUUCUAUGAUGGUUAUCGAACAAAAAAUUUGCCAGCAAAUCUUCUUCAAGCGCAACGUGACUACUUCGGUGCACACACCUAUGAAAUUCUCGGUCAGGAAGGCACGUUCGUACACACCAAUUGGACUGGCCAUGGUGGCAAUGUAUCCGCGUCAACUUACGAUGCUUGAUGACGAACGUCGAAUAAUUUGUUGAUUGUUUGUUUGAUUUACACACAUGUCAUACAUUCGCUCUCUAUGCACAUGAUUGAGCUAUAGAGCUAUAUAUAUAUAUAUAUAGGUGAUAGAAUUAUCGUGAUCGUACAUCUUAUAAUUCUUCCUCCGAUACGGAUAUGCGCAUUUAUUAUGGAUAUUACUAUUAUGUAAUUAAUUAUCAGUUUUUGAUAGGAAAUUAUAUUUAUUAGAUUCGUAAGUAACGGUAUUUCAUUCA